AUGGAUAGCAACAUCCACCUGAGUAGUUUGAUAAGUCGACACGACGAUGAAGCCACGAGGACGUCCACCUCGGAGGGGCUGGAGGAGGGGGAGGUCGAGGGGGAGACGCUCCUGAUUGUCGAAUCAGAGGAUCAGGCAUCCGUGGACCUGUCUCAUGACCAGAGUGGGGAUUCCCUCAACAGCGACGAAGGAGAUGUGUCCUGGAUGGAGGAGCAACUGUCCUACUUCUGCGACAAGUGCCAGAAAUGGAUACCAGCCAGUCAGCUGAGGGAGCAGCUCAGUUACCUCAAGGGGGAUAAUUUUUUUAGGUUUACUUGUUCAGAUUGCUCAGCAGAUGGCAAGGAGCAGUACGAGAGGCUGAAGCUGACGUGGCAGCAGGUUGUCAUGUUGGCGAUGUACAAUUUGUCUCUGGAAGGAAGUGGACGUCAAGGUUACUUCCGGUGGAAAGAAGAUAUCUGCGCUUUCAUUGAGAAACAUUGGACGUUUUUACUAGGGAAUAGGAAAAAGACUUCAACGUGGUGGAGCACAGUAGCGGGUUGCCUCAGUGUGGGAAGUCCCAUGUACUUCCGUUCAGGGGCUCAGGAGUUUGGAGAGCCAGGAUGGUGGAAACUUGUUCACAACAAGCCCCCGACAAUGAAACCCGAAGGAGAGAAGCUGUCUGCCUCUACUCUGAAAGUAAAAGCCUCAAAACCCACCUUAGAUCCCAUCAUUACUGUGGAGGGACUUAGAAAACGAGCCAGUCGGAAUCCUGUGGAAUCUGCCAUGGAAUUAAAGGAGAAGAGGUCGCGGACUCAGGAAGCCAAAGAUAUCAGAAGAGCCCAGAAGGAGGCGGCCGGCUUCCUGGACAGGAGCACGUCUUCCACGCCUGUCAAAUUCAUUAGCCGGGGCCGCAGGCCGGACGUGAUUCUCGAGAAGGGAGAAGUGAUAGACUUUUCCUCCUUGAGCUCCUCUGACCGCACCCCUCUGACCAGCCCGUCUCCUUCCCCCUCUCUGGAUUUCUCGGCCCCCGGCACGCCCGCCUCUCACUCUGCAACGCCCAGCUUGUUGUCAGAAGCAGAUCUGAUUCCCGAUGUGAUGCCACCGCAAGCCUUGUUUCACGAUGAUGAUGAGAUGGAAGGGGAUGGCGUCAUAGACCCUGGGAUGGAGUACGUCCCACCCCCUGCGGGGUCUGCCUCUGCGGGGCCCAUGGGCAGGAGGAAGGUCAGAGGCCUGGAGCAGAUAAAACAGGAGGUGGAGAGUGAGGAGGAGAAGCCGGAUAGGAUGGACCUGGACAGCGAAGACACGGAGUCAAACACAUCCUUGCAGACGCGGGCUCGGGAGAAGCGGAAGCCGCAGCUGGAGAAGGACUCGAAGCCCAGAGGCCCCAAGUACACGCCCGUGAGCAUCUACGAGGAGAAGCUGCUGCUCCGGAGACUGGAAGCCUGUCCCAGCGCAGUCGCUAUGACUCCCGAAGCUCGGAGGCUCAAGCGGAAACUGAUUGUCAGACAAGCCAAAAGGGAUAGGGGCUUACCACUCUUUGACUUGGAUCAAGUUGUUAAUGCUGCUCUCCUGUUGGUGGAUGGGAUUUAUGGAGCCAAAGAAGGAGGCGUGUCCCGGCUCCCAACUGGACAAGCCACGUACCGGACCACCUGUCAGGACUUCAGAAUCCUCGACCGAUACCAGACCUCCUUACCAUCCAGGAAAGGAUUCCGGCACCAGACCACCAAGUUUUUGUAUCGUUUGGUGGGAUCAGAAGAUAUGGCUGUGGACCAAAGUAUUGUCAGCCCUUAUACUUCCCGGAUCUUGAAGCCUUAUAUCAGGCGUGAUUACGAAACAAGACCACCCAAACUACAGCUCCUGUCACAGAUCCGUUCCCACCUGCACAGGAGUGACCCUCACUGGACACCUGAGCCCGACGCACCUCUUGAUUACUGCUACGUCCGGCCAAAUCACAUCCCAACCAUCAACUCUAUGUGUCAGGAGUUUUUCUGGCCCGGCAUUGACCUGUCUGAGUGCCUGCAGUAUCCAGACUUCAGCGUAGUUGUCCUUUAUAAGAAAGUCAUCAUUGCCUUUGGCUUCAUGGUUCCUGAUGUGAAAUACAACGAGGCGUACAUUUCAUUUCUGUUUGUCCAUCCCGAGUGGAGACGAGCAGGGAUCGCCACGUUCAUGAUCUAUCAUCUGAUUCAGACCUGCAUGGGCAAGGAUGUAACCCUUCACGUCUCAGCAAGCAACCCUGCUAUGCUGCUCUACCAGAAGUUUGGCUUUAAGACUGAAGAAUAUGUUUUAGAUUUUUAUGAUAAAUACUACCCUCUGGAGAGCACAGAGUGUAAACACGCAUUCUUCCUGAGGCUGCGGCGCUGACGGGAAGCCGGCUCACGCAGAGGUGUGUGUGCAGCGAGAGGCCGCGUCUACGCAGACCGGGGUCGCCCCGAUGUGAUCGGGUGGGAGCCCUCUCACCUCUCCACUGGGGCCCGAGAGGCCAGGAGUGAGCAGCCCUGAGCCAGGGUCACUCUCCAGCCCUUCCAAGAGCAGCCCUGAGCCAACGCGUCGGACCCUUGGUCAACUAAAGCUGAGUGCUGCCUCCUGCCGCCGUCCUCCUGCCCCCGGACAGCUUGUAGGCAUGAGAGCCCCGGACUGAAGCUCCCGGCAGAGACCCUGGCUGCCUGACUUAAAGGACGAGGAAAUGGGGGCACGGUUGAAAACUGACACAGUGCCCAGGAAGCGCUGCACCAUCCCGGGGUGAUGGCAGGCGAUGCGGUGCUCACAGGAAGGGACCCUACCCUGACCUCAAAUCCAGGAGGGGGUCCCGGGCACUGCAGGCUGUUGUCGCUUGCUCAUGUUGGGCACAGUUGGGAAAUACAGACUAAACGUUGCUAUCUACACGUGACUUUACCUGUUCUACUUAUUAGCAUCUCCCUGCAGGGGCUUUGGCCUCCGUAGUUGGUUUGGGAUGGGAGCGGUUGAGCUGCCUGCCACUUAGCUUGCCUUCCCUGGCCCUUCUCAUACCCAGGACAGAGGCUGCCAGAGUUGCCAUGGACGGAGCCUGUCUUGUCUUCAGGGUGUGUGCUGGGUGUUGGAGAUGGACUAUCAAGCCGUUUGUUUGUUUGUUUUUGAUCAAGCAAGAACAUUUUCUAAAAUAAUCAGAUGUUCGCCAAUAAAAAUCUUUCUGUGUGAC